CGCCCGCGCCUGUCUGGAGAGUCCACAGGCUGGGGGACCGGAGGCACCAAAGGCCAAUAGACAGGUAGGGGCGGGGGCUUCACCGAUUUUUUUUUUCCCGCCUGGUGGACGUGGUCUUGGCAUCCACGCCAAUGAGAGUGCGAGGGCGGGGCCUGAAUAGACGCAGGAAAUGGCGACGGCCGCGGGUCAUUGAGCAGCGGGGGCGGGGCCUGGUUGUGGCCCCUCCUUCGCCCGUCCACAAGCUCCCUGGGUGGGAACGGGGUCUCGGAGUACCUGGCUGGUUGGCCAGACCCCGAAGCCAGCGCUGGGAAGGGCUGCGGAUGCCCAGGUGAAAGAAAGGGGCAGGUCCAAGAAUACGCAGGUCUGGUCCUGGGCAAGAACCGCCCCCUCCCGGGGCCUGCUUCAGUUUUCCUUCGCAGAACACCGGGCUGGGUGGGCCCCUUCUCUCUGCCCCCGGGUACUUGAAGUCUAGCCCCCAUCCUGGUACCAGUGCGCUCUUGGUAGCCUCCUUUCCCAGCUGUCCGCCCGCCGCCAUGCCGCCCUUACUACCCCUGCGCCUGUGCCGGCUGUGGCCCCGCAGCCCUCCCUCCCGGCUCCUCGGAGCGGCCGCCGGGCAGCGGUCCAGCCCCAGUAAUUAUUAUGAACUGUUGGGGGUGCAUCCUGGUGCCAGCACUGAGGAAGUUAAACGAGCUUUCUUCUCCAAGUCCAAAGAGCUGCACCCGGACCGGGACCCUGGGAACCCAAGCCUGCACAGCCGCUUUGUGGAGCUGAGUGAGGCAUACCGUGUGCUCAGCCGUGAGCAGAGCCGCCGAAGGUAUGAUGCUCAGCUCCGCUCAGGUGGUCCCCCAAAGUCUCCACAAACCACAGCCCAUGACAAGUCUGCCGGCCAAACACACAGCUCCUGGGCACCCCCCAACGCACAGUACUGGUCCCAGUUUCAUAGCGUGAGGCCACAGGGGCCCCAGUCGAGGCAGCAGCAACACAAACAAAACAAGCAAGUGCUGGGGUACUGCCUCCUCCUCAUGCUGGCGGGCAUGGGCCUGCACUACAUUGCCUUCAGGAAGGUGAAGCAGAUGCACCUUAACUUCAUGGAUGAAAAGGAUCGGAUCAUCACAGCCAUGUACAAUGAAGCGCGGGAGCGGGCGCGGGCCAGGGCCAACAGAGCCAGCCUUCAGCAGGAGCGACAACAGCAAAGGCAGCAGCAGCCGCCACCACCGGAGCCAACCCAAGUCCCCGAGAUCGUGCCCCCGGGCGCCGGCCCCUGAGGGGCUCACCUGGAUAGGGCCUGCAGUGCGUUCCCGCCUUGCUUCCUUCCCUGGACUGCCCGCUUCCCAAAACGCGUGCAAUAAAGUGAUUCGCAGA